UCUAAAACUAAUAUGUCUUGGUUCCUUCUCGCAACCCCACUUGGAAAGGGUUCUAGCCAAACUGACAAAGCAGCUUUCACUAAACUUCAGACUGAAGCAAUUGGGUCUGGGGCAAAACAAUUAGGAGAGCUAUCUUAUAUCGCUCUUGAUAGAAGCAAGUUCAAGAUCGGAACUCUUGACCAACUUGUCAAGCUAAAUGACGCCUUGGUUAAGGUCGACCACCACUUGGAGACAGUCGUCAAGAAAAUCCAGAGACAAUCUGAAGAAGUUUCUGAGAGUGUCAAGCUCAAAAUUGAGACCUCUGAUGCUACAGUGGAGCUUGAGGAAUACGUUCAAGGAUUCCAGUGGGAUGACCAAAAGUAUCCUAGAUCUAGAGCUCUCUUUGAUAUUGCAACUAUUAUCUCUGAGAAGAUGACUACAAUUGAUACAGAUAUGAAGAAACAUAUUGAAGAGUAUUCCAUUAUGAAAAAUCAACUCUUCCAGUUGAGAAAGAAGGAUGAGGGGAACUUUAAUAAUAGAGACCCAGGAGACAUCAUUUAUGGCAAGGUCGGCCCUGAGCACUUCAUCCAUGAUUCAAAGUUCUUAAGAAAUGUUUUGGUAAUUGUACCCAAGAAUAAGAUUGAGUAUUUCGAAACUAAUUACGAGUCAGUCAAGGAAGGUGUAGUCCCAAGAAGUGCCAGACAUCUUAAAGGUCUAGAGGAUAAGGAUGGAAGCCAGGUCUACAGAAUUGUUGUUAUGGAAAACUCAGUAGACUCAUUCGUACUCAAGUGUAAGCAAACUAUCGGAUGUGUUGCAAAAGUUUUCAUUUAUGACGAAGAAGGAUAUCUAAGAGAUAUUGAGGAAGCGAAAGAAAUUGAGGCAAAACUUAAUAAAAUGACUGGUAAAUUGGAAAAGAGAUGCUAUUACACCUUCAGUGAAUUGUUCAUGGCAUCUAUGCACUUGAAAGUAAUGAGAGCUUAUAUUGACGGUGUUCUCAGAUUCGGAAUUCCUCCAAAGUUUAUCACAACUGUUGUUCACACAAAAUCUGGAAAUACAAAGAAGCUUCUAAGUUCCUUGACAGAUCUAUUUGCUGAAGCUAAGAUGAGAGAAAUGUAUGGAACUAAGGAUGAAAUUGGUGAUACAGAGGAUUUCUUCCCAUUUGUCUAUAUCCCUAUCACCAUAAUGAAUUUUGAUAAGUAAAUCAUCGGUUGACAUUAAGGGGUUAUUCAAUG